AUGGCGACUCCGGCAUGGAGUCAUGCCAAGGGUCAAUGGGUAGUGGCCAUUUUGGCGUUACUUGUUGGCUCGGCUAUGGCUACCGAACCUUACUAUUAUAGCUCUCCUCCACCACCGUAUGAGUACAAAUCUCCACCACCUCCGGUUAAAUCUCCUCCACCUCCUUAUGAAUAUAAAUCUCCACCACCUCCGGAGAAGUCUCCUCCACCACCAUAUUACUAUCAUUCACCCCCGCCUCCGGUGAAAUCCCCUCCCCCUCCUUAUGUCUACCACUCUCCUCCUCCUCCAGUGAAGUCUCCUCCACCACCGUAUUACUACCACUCUCCUCCUCCUCCGGUGAAGUCUCCUCCACCACCUUACUACUAUCACUCUCCUCCUCCACCGGUGAAGUCUCCUCCACCACCGUACUACUACCAUUCACCACCUCCUCCGGUGAAAUCGCCUCCUCCUCCUUACUAUUAUCAUUCACCACCUCCUCCGGUGAAGUCUCCUCCACCACCGUACUACUACCACUCUCCACCUCCUCCGGUCAAAUCCCCACCACCACCGUACUACUACCACUCUCCUCCUCCUCCGGUUAAGUCUCCUCCACCACCGUACUACUACCACUCUCCUCCUCCUCCGGUCAAGUCUCCUCCACCACCGUACUACUACCACUCCCCACCUCCUCCGGUGAAGUCUCCACCACCACCAUACUACUACCACUCUCCUCCCCCUCCGGUUAAAUCUCCACCACCACCAUACUAUUAUCAUUCACCACCUCCUCCGGUUAAGUCUCCUCCACCACCAUACUACUACCACUCUCCUCCUCCUCCGGUGAAGUCUCCACCUCCUCCUUACUACUACCACUCACCACCUCCUCCGGUCAAAUCACCACCUCCUCCUUACUAUUACCACUCUCCUCCCCCUCCGGUUAGAUCUCCACCACCACCUUACUACUACCAUUCACCACCUCCUCCGGUGAAAUCUCCACCUCCACCAUACUACUACCACUCACCACCUCCUCCGGUUAAAUCACCACCACCACCGUACUACUACUCAUCCCCGCCACCACCAAAAUCUUACCCACCACCAUACUACUACUCAUCGCCACCACCACCACCAAAGUCGUACUCACCACCGUACUACUACUCAUCACCACCACCUCCGGUCUCAUACCCUCAUCCUCACCCACACCCUAAACCACUCGUCUUCAAAGUUGUUGGUAAAGUGUAUUGUUACAGAUGUUAUGACUGGACUUACCCUAAAAAGUCUCACGAUAAGAAGCAUCUCAAAGGUGCCGUUGUGGAAGUGACAUGUAAGGCCGGUGACAAGACAGUGAAGGCUUAUGGAAAGACUAAGAUCAACGGUAAAUACGCAAUCACCGUCGAAGGAUACAACUACCGUAAAUACGGUGGUGAAGUAUGUACGGCCAAGCUUCACGCGCCGCCUAAGGGAUCACCGUGUAGCAUUCCGACAAGUUACCAUUUGGGUAACAAAGGAGCUAAACUACAUGUGAAAUCAAAGACUAAGUACGAGGUUGUGCUUUAUGCUAAGUCCUUUGCUUAUGCACCUAAGAAACCUUACGGAGAAUGUCACAAACCGGCUCCUUACCAUCCUCCUUACUACUACAAAUCUCCACCACCCCCUUCUCCGGUUUACUACUACAAGUCACCACCACCUCCGGCUCCAACUUACGUCUACAAAUCUCCACCACCACCGACCCCGACUUACGUUUACAAGUCGCCGCCUCCUCCAACACCAACAUAUGUUUACAAAUCACCUCCUCCUCCUACACCAACUUACGUCUACAAGUCUCCUCCACCACCAACUCCGACCUAUGUAUACAAGUCACCACCACCACCUACCCCGACCUAUGUCUACAAGUCUCCACCACCGCCUACUCCCACUUAUGUUUACAAGUCACCACCACCUCCAACUCACACUCCUACACCAUACUACUACCACUCACCACCCCCUCCGGUCAAGUCCCCUCCACCACCAUACUACUACCAUUCCCCACCCCCUCCGGUGAAGUCUCCUCCACCACCAUACUACUACCAUUCACCACCUCCUCCGGUGAAAUCACCUCCCCCACCUUACUACUACCACUCCCCACCUCCUCCGGUGAAAUCCCCACCACCACCAUAUUAUUACCACUCCCCACCUCCUCCCGUGAAAUCUCCCCCACCGCCGUACUACUAUCAUUCUCCACCACCGCCCGUGAAGUCACCACCACCACCAUACUACUACCACUCUCCUCCUCCUCCGGUCAAAUCCCCACCACCACCAUAUUACUACCACUCACCACCUCCUCCGGUGAAGUCACCUCCUCCACCAUACUACUACCACUCCCCACCUCCACCAGUGAAAUCCCCACCACCACCUUACUACUACCAUUCACCACCCCCUCCGGUCAAAUCUCCUCCUCCACCGUACUAUUACCAUUCACCUCCCCCACCGGUGAAAUCUCCUCCACCACCGUUUUCUUUUACAAAAUCGAAUAAAGGAAGGGUCAAAGUCAACAAAGAAAAGAAGAAGUGA